AUGACUAUACUAGCUACGGAACUUAAACCGACCUGCGAUGCUUCAAUUACGCACAGCAACGAUGAUGACUACCAUACCGGGUUCAUGGCUUCUUCUCCUCUCCUCCGUUUACCUUCACCUUGGGACGAAUGGGAGGCCAUCCUUGACGCCGCUGUCCAGAAAAAAUUACAGCUUGGUGACAAACCUGAUUUGACCGUGGCUGAGGAAAAUGCUUCAAAACAAUGGAGAGGGGAUGUUCGUAAGAUGAACACACUAUCCGUCGCAGGACUCGAGAAAUCGGAGGCGACCCUCCAGCGAGCUCACGUUGUUCUCACUUAUAUCCUUCACUUCUACAUCCAGACACUUCCCGUAUCUGAACCAAUCUUGGUUCCCAGGACGAUCUCAAUUCCUCUUCUUUACGUCUCUCAGCUACUGGAAGUUCCACCAGUCAUCACAUACGCCGACAGUGUACUUAACAAUUGGGAAUAUAUCAUUUGGCCUCAAAAAACCAGCGAACGCCCUGCAGCAGACAACCUACGAUCUCAGACAACAUUCACGGGACUCGUAGAUGAGCACGAGUUUAAUCUUGUCUCGGCGCGCAUCGAGUUCCUUGGUAGCGAUGCAGUGAAAUUAAUUGCCUUGAUGAUGGACCAACUGGCAGUCGGGGAUUCGGACGCAACCAAACAAAUCACCGAACAUCUCCGUCAAUUAGCUGGUGUCAUAUACGCCAUGAAAGACGCUUUGCUAGACGUCAUGAAGAGAUGCAACCCCGAUGUUUUCUAUAAUCAGGUGCGACCUUGGCUACGAGGCGAGGAUUCUGCAGCCACUGUGCGGAAAUGGAAAUUUGAGGGAAUCGACGAGCAUCCCGAUCUACGCCAGCCACAGUAUCUGUCGGGACCCAGCGCAGGACAGAGUUGCUUGAUACAUUCCCUUGACGCCUUCUUUGGCAUCGACCACGGUGCGUCAAAUCACGGCAGCACCUCCCUCAUGACGCGCAUGCAGGAAUAUAUGCCGAAGAAACACCGUGAGUUCCUGAACAACAUCAAAAUGUCUCCUCGACCGUUACGCAAUUUCGUUCUCGCCUCCGUCGAUGCGUGUAUCCUAGCAGAGUUUAACCACGCAGUCGCUGCCCUUAAAGCAUUCCGGGACGCCCACAUGAUCAUCAUCACUUUCUUUGUUUUGGGUCCCGCCAGAAGAGCUGAGAAGAAGGAUCAGGCUGGUCACCCCUCAAACGUCGGAAACGAUCCUAUUAAAGGGACAGGUGGAACAGACCUUGUCAAAUUUUUGAAGGAAACUCGGGCGCAUACGACAGCUGCAAUGAUCGAUACCAAUAGAAAGAUGGAUUAG